CCUGGCCUGACAACUCUAUUUUUAAAGGUCAAUACUUAAUGGGCAAGAAACAUGGCAACGGAGAGUUCCAGUGGAAAGACGGAUCUAAAUAUAUUGGAGAUUUUGAUAAUAAUCUGAUAUAGGGUUAUGGAGAGUACACUUGGUUCGAUGGUAGAAAGUAUAUAGGAACGUGGAAGAACAACAAAAUGGAUGGGCAAGGAGUAUAUCUAUAGUUUGAGCAAUAGAUUUUCACAUGGAUAGAUGGUAGGAGAUAUAAAGGAGAAUAUAAAAAUGAUAAAAAGGAUGGAUAUGGAGAAUUCAAAUGGCCUGAUGGACGAGUAUGCUGUUGAUAUUGAUUAUUAGAUUUAUCGAGGAUAAUGGUAGAAUGGAAAAUAGCAUGGGACAGGAAUUUAUAUAGGGGAUUCGAAUGUAGAGAAGCCGGGAAUUUGGGAAUAAGGAAAGAGGGUUAGAUGGAUUCAUAAGGGGGAAUCUAUUAUUACUGAUUGA